GGAUGGAAUCAAAGAAUGUCCAGGUCACUGCGAUGCUGGGGCUGGAACUGCUCAGAGCCAGGCUGGAUGAUGAAAUUUGCUUGGGAUAACUACAAGCAAUAUGCACUUGGAAAGAACGAGCUGCGCCCGCUGACCAAGAACGGCCACAUCGGGAACAUGUUUGGAGGCCUUCGAGGAGCAACUGUGAUCGAUGCCUUAGAUACCCUCUACAUCAUGGAACUCGAGGAGGAAUUCCAAGAAGCCAAGAAGUGGGUGGAGAAGAGCUUUGACUUGAAUGUGAAUGGAGAAGCAUCCUUGUUCGAGGUGAACAUCCGCUACAUCGGAGGGCUGCUGGCCACGUACUACUUGACUGGAGAAGAGGUGUUCAAGAGUAAAGCUCUGGAACUCGGAGAGAAACUUUUGCCAGCUUUUAACACCCCCACUGGAAUCCCACGUGGCGUCAUAAAUCUGGGCAGUGGCAUGAGUUGGAGCUGGGGUUGGGCAUCAGCUGGAAGCAGCAUCUUGGCAGAAUUUGGUACCUUGCACUUAGAAUUCCUGCACCUCUCCGAGCUCUCUGGCAACCCGGUGUUUGCAGAAAAGGUGAUGAACAUCCGCAGAGUCCUCAACAGAGUGGAGAAGCCCCAGGGCCUUUAUCCCAACUUCCUCAGCCCGGUGACAGGGAACUGGGUGCAGCACCACGUCUCCAUUGGGGGGCUUGGGGACAGCUUUUAUGAAUAUCUCAUCAAAUCUUGGCUGAUGUCAGACAAGAAGGACUUGGAAGCUAAAAAGAUGUACGACGAUGCACUAGAGGCAAUAGAAAAGCAUUUGGUCAAAAAGUCUGCUGGAGGAUUGACCUACAUCGCUGAGUGGAGGGGAGGCAUCUUGGACCACAAAAUGGGCCACUUGGCUUGUUUCUCUGGGGGCAUGAUUGCACUUGGAGCUGAAGAUGCUGGAGAAGAGAGGAGGCAGAGGCACAUGGAUCUGGCUGCAGAAAUAACAAACACAUGUCACGAGUCUUAUGCACGCUCAGAUACCAAACUGGGCCCCGAAGCCUUUCGCUUUGAUGCCGGGAGUGAAGCCAUGGCAACCAGGCUGAGCGAGCGGUACUACAUCCUGCGGCCGGAGGUGGUGGAGAGCUACAUGUACCUGUGGAGGCUCACCCACGACCCCAAGUACAGGCAGUGGGGCUGGGAGGUGGUCAAGGCCCUGGAAAAACACUGUAGAGUAGAAGCUGGUUUUUCUGGCAUCAGAGAUGUUUACACCACAACCCCAACCCACGACAACAUGCAACAGAGUUUUUUCCUCGCAGAGACUCUGAAGUACCUCUAUCUUCUGUUCUGUGAAGAUGACGUGCUGUCCCUGGACGACUGGGUGUUCAACACCGAGGCUCAUCCCCUGCCAGUCAACCACACGAACUUUAAAGCAGCUGUGCAGCAGUGAGGCCCUUGCCCAGCACCUGCUUCUGUGGGUCACUGCUUUUCCUUUCCAUUAAAGGAAUCCCUGUUGUUCCUAAAAUGGUAUUUUGGGGCACUAGUCCAAUUCCGGACAGUAUUCUACUGGGAAGAUGGAACCAUGAUGUAAGCACCUUCUUUUCCUCUGUGAGGAGCUCUAUUAGCCUGAUAAUGAGAUGUUUAUUCUGGGCCAUAUUGUACACAGUUCAUAGACAUUCCUUUAUACAGAGAAUUUAUAUGAAAUCCACUGAUUUUGCUUUAUAGUGGCCAAAGGACUGGAAGUUUGCCAUAAAAUAGACACAAACACACACACACAUCCUCCUUUCCUUUUUCUGUUUCAUUUUUGCCUUUUAUAUGCUCUUGGAUUUAUCAGCUUUCCAAUGAACAGUUUUCAACAUACUGUGCUUUCUGGUGGUGGGCUUUGGGGGCACUUUGGGAAGGGCAGGAGAAUGAGGAAGGGGAGUUGCCCUUGAUGUGGAGUGUGUGGGGAUGGAUGAGGAGCCAGCUGAGAGCUCAGGGCUUGGGAUUAGAGAGAGGACAGGGAAAGAUGACCUUACAGUGGGUGUCUGCUGCAGGCACCUGACCAGGGAGAACAAGAGGAUCGGACCCUCCACAGACAGGUAGGAGCAGCAUCAGGUUUGAAUUUGCAGACCUUGGUCUUCAUGGGGGACUUCAACCCUCCUGGUAUCUGCUGGAGGGACACACAGCAGGGAAUGAGCAAUCCAGGAGGUGCUUUGAGUGGACUGAUGAUAAAUUCCUCCCCCAAGUGACAGAGGAGCCAACAGAGGGGCUCUGCUGGCCUCACACCAGCCAGGGGCUCGCUGGGGAUGUGAAGGUCAAAGGCAGCUCUGGCUGAAGUGACCAUGAGCUGGUGAGUUCAGCAUCCUGAGGGCAGGAAGGAGGGGGAAAAGCAAGCUCAGCCCUGGGCUUCAGGAGAGCAGACUUGGACCUCUUCAAAGAUCUGCUUGGAAGAGUCCUAUGGGAUCAGAGCUGGAGGGAAGAGGGGCCUGAGAAAGCCAGUAAAUAUUCAAGAGUCAUGUCCUCCAAGCUUAAGAGAGUUCCAUUCCAGUGAGCAGGAAGUCAGGCAAAAAUGCCAGGAGGGCUCUGUGGAUGAGCAGAGAACUCCCAGUCAAACUCAGACACACCAAGGAAGCUGAGGGUGGAAGGAGGGACAGGUAACCUGGGACCACUGCAGAAACAUUGUCUGAGCAUCCAGGGCUGACAUUAGGGAAGCUAAAGCCCAAAUGGAAUUGAAUUCAGCCAGAAAUGUCAAUGACAAGAAGAAGGGCAUCUAUAAGAAAAUAGGAUACAGAAGGAAGAUUGGGAAAAUGAGGGCCCACUGUUGAACAAGACAGGAAACCUGUUACACAGGACGUGGAAAAGGUGGAGAUACCAAAUGUUGCCUUUGCCUCUGUCUUGACUGGCAGGACCAGGACUCCCAGGUUCCACAGACUGGGGGGGAAGGCUGGAGCAAGGAAAGGUGUUCCUUCUCCUCCCCUCAGCACAGGUGAGGCUACACCUGGAGUGCUGUGUCCAGUUCUGGGCACCCCAGUACAGGAGAGACAUGGACAGGCUGGAGAGAGUCCAACAAACAGCCAAGGAGAUAAUAAGGGACUAGAACAUCUCUCCUCUGAGGAAAGGCUGAGAGAGCUGGGACUGUUUAGUCUGGAAAGAGAAGGCUCCAGGGGGAUCUUAUUAAUGUAUAAAAAGACCUGGAGGGUGGGUGCAAAGAUGAGCCAGGCUCAUGCCAGUGGAACCCAGUGACAGUUCCAGAGGCAACGGGCACAAACUGAACACGGGGAACGUGAGGAAACACUUUUUUACCCUGGGGGUGACCAAGCUCUGCCACAGCUUGCCCAGGGAGGCUGUGGAGUCUCCAUCCUUGGAGAUACUCAAAAGCUGCCUGGACACAGCCCUGGGAUCCAGGUGGCCCUGCUUGAGCUGGGGGUUGGGGCAGGUGGACCCUGGAGGUCCCGUCCAGCCUCUGCCAUUCCGUGAUUCUGUGACUCUGUGGUGUCAAAAUUGUAACUGAACCAAAACCUCUCUGCAAAAUCCUUGAUCCUAAUGUAUUUUUAUAUACUUUAUCUGUGCUCCUAAAACACAUUUACCACACAUCUCAUUUAACUUUCCUUCAUCGUUUUUGUGUUUUUCUACUUUUAUUUGGAGCUAAGUGUUACGAGUCACUUGUAAUAAUUUCACUGCUGUAAUAGUCAAAUCUGUGAAACAGAAUAAAAGUCUUGUAAAAUAAAA